AUGCAUAUUUUACAUCGCACAAACGAACAUCAAUUCGAGGAUCAAAAGUUUAUGAUGGAGCGCCUUAGUGGACAUGGGAGUCUAGGAUUGUCCAGCAGCAGUGCGGCUUACACGACCCAUUCCGGCGGACACACGGGCCGAAGCGGUCCGGCCACGGGUCAUAGUGGACACAGUGGUACUCAUGGGUCAGCAGCUACCAUGCAUCAUCAAUCACUUCAGUCUGAUUUCCAGCCUCCGUACUUUCCGCCACCGUUCCACCACUCGACGCAAAGCCCGCCGCAGCAACAGAUAUCUGAGUACUUGCAGAAUCACGGUGCCCUCGAAUAUCUGGGCACGGAUCCGUAUGGUCAGCCCUUGUCAUCGUUACACCAUGCCCCGCUCCAUCACUACAAUCAGUUGGCGGGCCUGAGGUCGACGCAGGAUCAACUCGGGAUACAUAGAACCCACAGGGAGGCGGAGCUGCAGGGACAUGUUUCCCAGCUGGCUCAUGGAUUUCCGUACACAGACAGAAGAGGCGACUACAGCAGUGCAAUAUCGGCAGGAGCAGCGCAUGGCACACGGCUGGGCCAUGAACAUGAGUCCCUGGCCCUGCAUCAGGCGCUGCAAAAUGCUGUCGAUGAUGUACAAGCACCUGCCAUAGAUGACAACGUAGCCUUCAUGUCAGACCUUCCACUUAUUAAAAGCAUGAAAAGCGGCAAAGAUGCAGGGAACAUUGGCUCGGGUUCCCCCAGUGAGGUAUUCUGUGCAGUUCCUGGUCGCCUUAGUCUCCUAUCGAGCACGUCGAAAUAUAAGGUCACCAUUGCGGAAGUGCAGCGAAGACUGUCGCCACCCGAGUGCUUGAACGCCUCCUUGCUGGGCGGAGUUCUUAGAAGGGCCAAGAGCAAGAACGGCGGUCGUUUGCUAAGGGAGAAGCUGGAGAAGAUUGGCUUGAAUCUGCCAGCGGGCAGGCGAAAAGCGGCGAAUGUCACACUGCUAACAUCUUUGGUGGAGGGCGAGGCAACACACUUGGCCAAGGAUUUUCACUUUGUUUGCGAGACAGAGUUCCCGGCCAGGCAGUUGGCCGAGUACAUUGUGCGUCAUCAAACAGAGCCCAAUGAUUCGUAUAGACGAAAAGAGCUAAUCCUACACUCCCAGCAGAUUACAAAAGAAUUGAUGCAGAUUCUCAGCCAAGAUCGAACGACUCAUUUUGGCACAAGAUCACAGCAUUUGCUGGAGCCGUCGAUGCAGCGACAUUUGACACAUUUCUCCCUGAUUACGCACGGCUUUGGCUCUCCUGCAAUAAUGGCCGUUCUCCACGCUUUCCAGACAUUUUUGAAUGAAUCAUUAAACUAUUUAGAAAAGUUAUAUCCAUCGAAUGGCGGUGGUAUGGUGUCGUCAUCAUUGGACAAAAGUAAAAUGGACAACGAAAAGAAAUGAUAGGCCUAGGUGUACAUUGCCACAGAUAACAAAAAGCAAAUAGUAUUUUAAGUAUACUUUCAAUAGUACGGUACGUUAGAUACGUCAACCAUAAAAUAAUAGUAUACAUACCUGUAAAUUAAUUUAUUUAGCUAAGGUGUAAAUUAUUUAAUUUUUGUAUAUCUUUAUCUGUAAUUUGAAUGUACAAUAUUCAAACACCCCCUAUAAUAUACAAACAUCUAAUUUAUUUAACUUAGACAAAUGCAUCGACUCUUUACAAACUAUUACAAAC